AUGCCGCCGCCCGACGCUCCUUAUUCGAAGCAGGAACAAGUCGAUUAUUCCGAGCGCAAAGAGCCUCUGAACGCCCUCCCGCAGUCUGCGACGCUUGAACUUCGGGAGGUACUCAAUGAGGAUAGGAAACAGAUGGAGCAAGCGGGUUAUGCUGAAGUAUGGUUCACGGCACGGGUGCCUGGGUUCACGCCUCCGGGCUUCAGGAGCUUCGCGGUGAAUAGAAGUUAUAGGGUGAAGGCGAAACUUGGGGUUGAGGUUGGGGGGAAGAAGUUUGAACAUGAGGUUGAGAGUAGUGUGAGGGAUAUGGGUAGUGCGCCCUCGUAG